AGUAUGAAUUCAGUCAUGCACCCCCUUCCAUUUGCUAUAAAUAAACAGAGUCGACAGAGUUUGUUGUCCAGGACACGCCACCUCAGUCUCAUGACAGACUGGUGCCUCAUGAGCAUGCUAGGCCUCAUUCUGCUCUUCAGUCUAGCCUCGAGCCAGAAGAUGGAUCCUUCUAAACACCCUAUUGUCACCACUAACUAUGGCAAGCUCAGAGGCAUCAAGAAGGACUUGAACAAUGAGAUUCUAGGCCCCGUGGAGCAGUACCUGGGUGUGCCCUACGCCACGGCGCCCAUCGGCGAUCGCCGCUUUCAGCCACCUGAGGCCCCAGGAUCUUGGCAGGAGAUCCGCAACGCCACACAGUUUGCCCCUGUGUGCCCUCAAAAUGUCCACGGUGUGCUGCCGGAGAUAAUGCUACCCGUGUGGUUCACAGACAACCUGGACGUGGCGGCGGGUUACAUCCAGAACCAGAGCGAGGACUGCCUCUACCUCAAUAUCUACGUGCCCACGGAGGAUGGUCCGCUCACAAAAAAACACGAUGAAUCUUCAAUGAACAAGCCUCGAGACGAAGAUAUUCGUGACCGCAGGAAGAAGCCCGUGAUGCUGUUUAUUCACGGCGGCUCCUACAUGGAAGGCACAGGAAACAUGUUUGAUGCCAGCGUCCUUGCCGCCUACGGCAACGUCAUCGUGGUGACCAUGAACUACCGGCUUGGCGUGCUCGGCUUCCUCAGCACUGGAGAUCAGUCCGCUAAGGGAAACUACGGCCUGCUGGACCAGAUUCAGGCUCUGCGUUGCUCAACGAGAACAUAGGGGCACUUUGGUGGAGACCCCAGAGAGAUCACCAUAUUUGGCUCCGGAGCUGGGGCCUCUGAUGUUAACCUCCUCAUCCUAUCGCACCACUCUGAGGGUCUGUUCCACAGAGCCAUAGCGCAGAGUGGCACUGCUAUCUCCAGCUGGUCCGUCAACUACCAGCCCCUCAAGUACACCAAGAUCCUGGCCCGGAAGGUGGGUUGCACCUACACUGAGACGGCCGACCUUGUUGACUGCCUGAGACGCAAGAACUUCAGAGAGCUGGUGGACCAAGACAUCCAGCCGGCCCGCUAUCACAUCGCCUUCGGCCCUGUUGUGGACGGCGACGUAGUGCCUGACGAUCCCGAGAUUCUCAUGCAGCAGGGGGAGUUCCUAAACUAUGACAUCCUGAUAGGCGUGAACCAAGGAGAGGGGCUGAAGUUUGUGGAUGACAGUGAGGACAACGACGGCAUCUCAGCUGCAGCGUUCGACUACACCAUCUCUAACUUUGUUGACAACCUCUACGGAUACCCGGAGGGCAAAGACAUUCUGAGGGAGACCAUUAAGUUCAUGUACACAGACUGGGCAGACAGGGAUAAUGGUGACAUGCGACGGAAGACUCUGUUAGCCCUGUUUACAGACCACCAGUGGGUGGCGCCAGCUGUGGCCACUGCCAAACUCCAUGCUGAGUUUCAGUCCCCAGUUUAUUUUUACACGUUCUACCACCACUGCCAGACCGAGACGCGACCUGAAUGGGCCGACGCGGCGCAUGGAGACGAGAUACCGUACGUGUUCGGCGUACCAAUGAUUGGUGCCACAGACCUGUUCCCAUGCAACUUCUCGAAGAAUGACGUGAUGCUGAGCGCUGUGGUCAUGACUUACUGGACCAACUUUGCUAAAACUGGGGACCCCAACCUGCCCGUCCCUCAGGACACCAAGUUCAUUCAUACCAAGCCCAACCGCUUUGAGGAGGUCAUCUGGACCAAGUUCAACUCAAAGGACAAGCAGUACCUUCACAUUGGUUUAAAACCCCGUGUUAGAGACAACUACAGAGCCAACAAGGUGGCCUUUUGGCUGGAAUUAGUCCCCCAUCUUCAUAGUCUACAUGAGGAGCUCUUUUCCACCACUACCCGCUCACCGCCAGGUCCUGGCUCUGGCACCAGCCGAACUUGGCCGAAAAAUCCAGGUCCUCGAACCACUCGUCAUCCUUACCCUACCUUCCCUUCAGAAACUGAGCCUGAUGGUUCGGAGCGUCCGCCCCAAGACCUCUUUCCUGGAGACACCCGUGACUACUCCACUGAACUGAGUGUGACAGUUGCAGUUGGAGCCUCACUCCUCUUCCUCAACAUCCUGGCUUUCGCCGCCCUUUACUACAAGCGCGACAAGCGGCAUGAGAUGCGACGGCAUCGGCUGUCUCCUCAGCGGGGCGGCCCUGCCAACGACCUGGCUCACAGCCAGGAGGAAGAGAUCAUGUCCCUGCAGAUGAAGCACUCGGAGCACGAUGCUCACCACGACAUGGAGCCCCUACGGCCCCACGACAUUCUGCGGCCUGCCUGCCCACCUGACUACACGCUGGCGCUGCGCCGUGCCCCCGACGAUGUGCCGCUGAUGACGCCAAACACCAUCACCAUGAUCCCCAGUACCAUCACCAGCAUGCAGCCUCUUCAUGCUUUCAAUACAUUCCCCUCCACUGGCCACAACAACACCCUGCCCCACCCUCACUCCACCACCAGGGUAUAGUAGGGACAGUACCGACACAGCACCAUCUAGGGACCAGGAAUACUGGCUCUGCUACCGCUCUAGAAGGGAGGCCUCUGGAUGUGGGCCUUCAUUCUGUUCUCUUAUUCUCUUGUUUCUUCAAAAGCAACUACACCUGCUGCAUCACCUGCUGUAAAACUUGGCAGCUCCCUCCACUGGUGACAUUUGGAGAUGCAACUGAAGCAUACAGCAGCAGAUGAACAGUUUGGGGGUGACUUAGAUCUUUCAAAGAUACUGUUUUCAAAGUAGGUCUGCUGUUUCCAGACUUAAGGCCUCCAACAUUUGUCUAAGGGACAAAUGCUUUCUUGCUGUUUUCUCUUUUUUACAUUGGUGUCAUCUCUUUUCUGUCCCCGUGUUAUGUGCGCAUAUGCUUCUCUUUUCUACAUCCGUGUUUUAUUACCGAUCUCUUCUUCUCAUUUGACAUGCCUCCCUCUUGCUCUUCUCCUCUAAAAAUUCACGAUCUACUGAGCAGUCGGAGGGGGCCUAGAGGCAUCCAGUAAACAUAUAACUAUAAAAACACUGAUAUCUUUCAUUCUACCAGCAUUUUUGGUGCCAAGUAAGUACUACUGUGUUUGCUUUCUCAUCGAGGGAGAAGAAAACAAAAGAAAAUAGAGUAUUCCUAUUUACUGUCAACUAACAGAGGCUGUAUGUUCUCAUGACAAAGUGCCAAACCGGCCCUCAGUUGUGUUUUUCUCUUUCAUCUUCUCUUUUUUUCAAGCAUUUGUUCAAUUGUUGUUUUUUUGUGGAAAGAAUUUUUCUGAAAAUAUAGAUAUAGAGAAAUGAUAUUAUAUAUAGUUCUAUAUAAAAAUGUGUACAAAGGAGAAAGUAUAUAAAAGGGUUUUCUCAGUGGGGAUCUAUGCAUGAAUUAUUUUUAAAGAUGGGGGAAAGGACACUGUAUCUGUCAAUGCACGUUUCCCAAAUCUAAACAAGUCAUAUCAGCCCAUGUUUGAUACGUCGGUCUUUGUUUUCUCCCGCAGAAUAAGAGCAUCACAGGAGUUUCUGAAGUCACUCAACAAACGAUCUCUCGCUUAUUAAAAAGGAGUCGAUGCCAAAAGUCGUAGAAAAUGUUUGAAUCAGAUUAUUCACGGCGUCAUUCGCAGCCCUUCAUCUCACUGUCACUGCUUUUUUCUUUCUGUCUCACUUUUUAGGCUACAUGAGGUAAACAUCGGUUGCUGUACUUUAUCGUACAAAAUUAUUUUUCUAUUUCAGUGGGGGGGGCAUCAGUGAGCCUGAUGGCCUCUGCUCCUGUACACCUUCCUACUGCUGCCUGCCCCCUUAUUUCCAGCACGUGUGUGUGCCUGUAAGAGCGGUCGUUGCUGUGUGAAGGUGAUGGCAGCUCUGCAUCACAAAAGCGUAGGUGGGCCCGAGUUAGACAACAAUAAAUAUAAAAGCAGAGAGGCCGGAUCAAACCAAUAGUAAAAACUCAGACUCCAGCAUGAGCUCCUUCCUGCUGCUUAACCAAACACCUUUCUCCAUGUCAUCGCCGCUCCAUCCUUUCUCCAUCAUCCACCACCUUUGUAUUUAACACCGGCCCCCAUAUUGAUAAUCCUGCAAAUUCCAAAACACCUGACUUCACUGUGUCAGCACCGUUCCUCACUACUUCUGACCUCAGUUCAGCUCUGCCAUUAUCGUCGCAUUCAAGGGUUCAGUCACGAGCCUGGAGAUGUUCUGUGAGCUCAUCGGUUGUAAAUUAAACUCUAAGCACACUGAGGGUAACCGGUGGGCCUUCAUGGCCCGCAGUGCAGAGCUGCAACAUGAAAAGGGGGGCUUGGAUGUCCUGAACAGGGUAAAAACAACACAGUUGAUAAGUGCUGUUUGUGAUUCUGCUCCUUCCUUCCUUCCUUCCUUCCCUCCCUCUGGUUGUGAUGACUGCAGCUCAGCAGCGCCCCCCUCUGAUUCAAUGAUGAAGAUGUCAAACGUGAUGGCUAAUGCAGUCUGUAAACUGAACUGAAGUGCUGCUGUUUGAGCCCACAUGGUAGCUUACGUUCAGUAUGGGAGAACUUAGUCACCGGUGCUGUCUUUGCUUGUGCUCUAGCUUUAGCUUCUUUGAUUGUUUGUUUUCUAUUUUAUUACUGCCUAAAGGGGUGGUGGGGGAGGACUGGAAGGGGAAACACAUUCUGUCAGAGAUUUUGUAAGCCCGCUGGAAGGAAAAUGUGCACAAUGUAAAUCAUAAAACAACUAACUGGGGUGUGCUGCCCGAGGAUCAGUGCUGUGGACCAGAUGAGUGGCAGUAGCUGUGGACACUGGACAAAGACUCACAGCCUUAAAUUUAGGAAUCACAACAAGAGAGGAUGAUCAGUGAGAAAAUAAGGAAAUCAAAGGCAUCUUUGUACCAACAGUGUUCAGCAGAGGGACAGCCGGCUGAUGUGUCUGCAGGGGGACUGAUGUGUCCAUGUGAACCCUUUUGUACUCACUCCUGUGUGUAAGGAGGCAAUGAGGGGUUGUGAAGUUAACCUCACCACAACACAGCGACAACGGAGGAGAGAACAGAAACGAGCCGUUUCAUUUGGCUCUGUUCUUUCUCCUGGUCUGUUUUAUAAGCUAACACUGGAGGGCGCCAUUGUGGCACAUUCAGUGCUCACUCUGAUGUAACUGGACAGAGAAGAAAAUACCAAACUGGGCAUCAGGAUGGAGACAAAACAUCUGGAGGAGGAUCAGAACUGUACAUUUUUAAGUGUAAGAAACAAACAGACAAAAUAUUUGUAAAUAUUAAGUUUCUUGGUUUUUUUUGGUUUUUUUUUUUUUGUUUUGUUUUUUGAGUGAAUGAAUGAUAUGCUUAUUUUGUGAUGACUAAAGACAACAGGUGCAGUUUGUAAAAUGAAAAUGAAAAAAAUAAACGGCCAUUAGCUUGAGGGUUCAAAUUCGUGAAUCCUUCUCACUGAUCGGUUUGCAUUUCUGUUUAGUUUGUCAUGAAGUUUCUUGUUAUCAUGUGGCCAUCCUGUAGCAUCAUGAUUCCUAACGGGAACGUCGCUGUAGCAGAAGUCAUCUCCGCUGAAGCCCCCUCACAACACAGAGAUGCUGUUUGUUAGCAUUCGCUGGUUUUCAGUGAGAAACACAUUUUCAGCAUGUUUCACAUCUGUUGUCUCAUUUUUUUCCAGCUUUUAUUUUGAAAUCCAUCUUGUGAUCCAAGAUGAAUCUGUGCGUGUCACAUCAGAGUGAUAAAAGCCAGCUUUGCCUUUCAGUGAUUCACAGCAAGGACACAAAUGACCCUGAACUGAGACUAAAAAAAAAAAAACAAGUCAGUUAAAUGUUAGCUCCCUGAACAUGUAGCAGUGUUUACAUGUAGCCGUGUGUGACAGACGCCAGGGCUUUGAUACCAUAAGAUGCCUCAUAUCCUCACAGACUCGUGGGAUCACACAGGUGGUCCGACACCUUCAUUUCACACUGUGCUGUGUGUCUGUCGUGUUUCUGGCGCAGUGAUGUGAUGUAGCAGAAAAACAGUUUGAUGCUCUGAAGUGCAGAGAGACACGUGGAGGAAAUGAUUAAAAUCUGUCACACUCUGGGCGUGUGUGUGUGUGUGUGUGUGUGUGUGUGUGUGUGUGUGUGUGUGUGUGUGUGUGUGUGUGUGUGUGUGUGUGUGUGUGUGUGUGAGAGACCCACACUCAGUCUGUUCUGCAGCCUCGUGUUGCAGCUGGAUCUGAGUUUAUUUCAACCCUCAAAAAGUGUCAGCCAUGCGAAACGAGGCGACUUCAGACAUUAUUUGGAGAUCUUGUGUCAGGUCACGUCCACAGUGUCACACAUGCAUAAAGACAGCGACACAUGAAACCCUCAGCUUGGUCUCCGUUGCAAAUGUGCACCUGUUGUCUUGUUUCUACUUUCUUUGUUGAGCUCAGAAACCCAAGACUUGAGAUGAAGAAAAAUGUUAUAAAUAAUGGAAUUUAAAAAAAAAGAAAAAAGAUGAUUAUUAAAAAAAAGUGAAGUAAAAUUAUAUAAAUAAAUGAGGUGAUGAUAUUUCUGUUUACUUUAGAAGUUAUUAUACACUGUAUGCUGUGAUUCUGAUCUGGGAAACAUUAAAGACA